AUGUCAAUUACCUCUAUUGUCCCAAACUUUGGAACUGUUAGAACAGAGUCUGUAGGUACUUUAGGCAAGAAAGAUUACCGAAUCUAUUUUGAACAAGAAGGAAAGAAGAUUUCUCCAUGGCACAAAAUACCUGCAUUUGUAAGUAAAGAAGUUGUUAAUAUGGUCUGUGAAAUUCCAAGAGGAACAAAUGCUAAAAUGGAAAUAUCAACAACAACCAAAUUUAAUCCAAUUAAACAAGAUUUAAAUAAAGACGGUUCAUUAAGAUAUAUGAAACAUGGAAAUGUCUUAAAUCAUUAUGGCGCAGUUCCCCAAACUUGGGAAGAUUUAUUUGAAAGAGAUUCUAUUGUUGGCAUUCCUGGAGAUAAUGACCCAAUUGAUAUUAUUGAUAUCUCUCAAAAGAAAGUUGCACGAGGUGAAAUUAUUCAAGUUAAACCAAUUUGUGCAUUGGCAUUAUUAGAUGGAGGUGAAACUGAUUGGAAAGUUAUUGGAAUUAAUGUAAAUGACCCUCUUGCUCAAACUAUUAAAUCUGCUAAUGAUAUUGAAAAAACUGUUGAUGAAAUUAGAGAAUGGUAUCGUGUCUAUAAAGUUGCUGAAGGAAAGAAAUUAAAUAAAUACGCUUACGGUGGAAAGGCUUUUAACCAAAAGUCAACAUUAGAUAUUAUGAAUGAGACCCAUUUGCAAUACAGAAAACUUAAAACAACUCAAAAGAAGUUAUCAAAAUUGGCGUUAGAUUAA